AUGCUUUCGUGCUUUUUGUCUCCGCCGGAUCGAGUUCCAUGCCGAUCUUUCGAUGGACUCCACGCAGUGAGGCAGAAGAUCUGGAACAAAGAACACAGAAAUGGUGGUUUACGUCCUACCCAUUACAGCUCCUUGACCUGGAACAAUUCUUGUUCUCCGUUGAACCAAACUCUCUCGUGUUGA